AUAUUUAUUUUAUAUACUUUAUUUUCGCUCAACUAACUAAAGAUUUCUUUAUGCUUAAAUAGAAAAUACGUUAAUUUUAUUAAAAUUUGUUAUUAGUAAAUAAUUGAGUUAUGGCUGAUUAUUGGAAAAGUCAACCUAGGAAGUUCUGUGAACUAUGCAAGUGCUGGAUGGCUGACAACAAACCAAGUCGAGAUUUUCAUGAAAGAGGAAAGCGACAUCAAGAAAGUGUCAAAAGAAAACUAGAUGAGCUAAAGAAGAAAGGAGUCCAGGAUGCAAAGAAGGAAAGAGAAUGUAACAAAUACCUCAUGCAGAUGGAGAGGGGAGCAAUGAAAAAGUAUGAACAAGACAUCCUAAAUGACCCAACGUUAGCAGCAAGAUAUGAAGAAAAACUGAAGCAGAUUGCAAAGGAGGAAGAGGAGCAAGAGCAAGAAAAAUCACAAAUAUCUCAGUUCAUUUUGGACAAGUUGAAGACAAAAAAUCUGCCCAUCCCUGUCCAGACCGAGGAAAUUAGUGAAGAAAAAUUAAUAGAGCAGCUAAAGCAGCAGCAGCAAAGCAGCAGCAGCAGCAAAUACUCAGAUGACUGGCAAGAAGCAUUUUCAGAGGAGGGCCACGUUUAUUAUUGGAAUACCAAAACACACGAAUCGUCGUGGUAUCUGCCAGGAAGUGAUGAAUACAAAGCCUACAUGCAGCAUAUAACAAUGCUGCAACAACACCAUCAUCCAAUCCCAACAACAACAACGACAACAUCGACUGCUUCUCUAGCUGCUGCUGCUGCUAAUGAUGAUAAUGAUGGAGAAGAUGGUGAUGAUGAUGAUGAUGGUGGUGCUGAUGAUAAUGAUGUUGGUUCUGCCUCCUCUACAUCAUCUUCUAAAGAUGCUAAACGUAACACGUCAUGUUCUUCAGCGACAACAUCCUUAAUAAAAAUUUCCUAUAAAAACCACUCCAGCAUCUAUGGUGCCUGGAAAGAAGUUAAAAAAACAGAACCUGCUGAUACCCCAUCCGUCGACCUUCAACUUCCGGCAUCGAGGGCCAACGAAUACAAAACGAUCGUCGUCCCCAGCCUAACCAAAGAACCGAAACUAACGAUUAGGGAGAGAACACUGGCCACUGUUAAUAGCAAAACGAAGAGCUCAGCAGAGCCUGUGGUCUUUAAGAAAAGGAGAUUUAACAAUAUCGUUAAAGUUAAAGUAGAAAAUGAUGAUGAUGAUGAUCGUUAUAAUAAUAAUAAUAAUAAUAAUAAUAAUGGUGAUGAUGAUGGUGAUGUGCGACCUGCCAAGAUGAGGAACAUUAGAAGGGCUCGUAAUGAUGACGAUGAUUAGUGCACUUAUGAUGAUGGUGAUGAUGGUGGUUCAGAUGUAUUAGUGGUUUUUGUUUUUGUAAAAGUUAUUUCAGAAUGCUCUCAGUUGUAGUAGGAUUUGUAUAUUUUAUUCAGUUUUAUAAGUACUGAAGUUCUACAUUUCUUCAUUUAAUUUCAAAAUUCUUUUUCGAAAUUGUGGGAAAAAUUGAAUAGAUGAAUAAAAUGUUUAAAUUGAA